AUGUUCUUUGGGAUUACCGUUACAUUGAGUUUAAUAGGACUGCUAGAUGGAGGAAGAAGAAGAGGUGGAUUUUGCUCUGGUACUACUUUACUUAAAUAUAAAAAUGUGAAAUGUGGACGAAGUGGGGAGGAAUGUCCCAAUACAUUCAAAUGUAUUAAACGAGAAUGUUGUGAGUAUAAGGGUAUACCAAGAUGUGAGCCAGAAAUGAAUUCUGUCACACGAGCACCUUGGCCGUGUAAAGGAGGAGGGAGCAAGCAUUGUAGCUCUGGCUAUAAGUGCUACGAAACUGCCUCAAAUCUGUAUUCCAUGUGCUGUCUUGAUGUAACUUGCGUUGAUUUAAGCGGAGUUUCACACAAAUGGUACGACAAACCGUGGAUAAGUAAUGAAGACAAGUGUAACAAAUGCAGCUGCCUCAAAAAUGGAGAGGUGAAAUGUACAGAUAAGAGAGGUUGCAAAAAGUGCAAAACAUCUAAUGGGAUGAGGAAAAGUCCCUAUUCGUAUUGGAAAGACCGUUGUACAAGGUGCACUUGUAAAUCAAAGAUGUACACUUCAUGCACAACUGCUUGUGAACGUGGAUUAAAAGGUGAUCUAACUGACUAUAGUGCAUGUGACCUGAAAGGCUGUGGUAAGCAGGUAGCAGUGCAACAAUGCCAUAGUGCAGUCGGAGCAGAUGGAAACCCUUGCCUUGGAAAUACCAUUGCAAUAAGGACUUGUAAUGAAGAUAAAUGUACUGGUUGUCCUGGUGGACGAUUGACUGAGAAAAAGCCUAUUAUCAUCGGAGGAAAAGAGGUGGAUCCUCCACAUAAUUUUCCGUGGAUGGUGUUGAUUGACUCUGAAGGGUGUGGGGCGGCGCUUAUCUCACCAAAGCAUGUUCUUACUGCAGCUCACUGUGUGGAAGCUAUGCCAAGAAUAACUCUUAAGACAGGAAAGCAUGAUAAAACAAGGAGGGAGGCAAGUGAACAAUCAAGAGUCGUGUAUAGCAGAAACAUCAUUAUGCAUCCAGAUUACGAUGGUUUGGAUAGUGAUAUUGCAAUUAUCAUUGUCGAUCCCCCAAUUGAAUUGAAUAACUAUACACAACCAGUAUUAUUGCCGACAGACCCUGUAUUCACCGACAGGACUUUAAACGGAAAGCGGUGCCAGGUAACGGGUUGGGGCAGAAGAGCUAUAGAUGACUGGAGGGGCUCGAGUGUUCUUCUAGAAGUAUUUCUUAAGAAGGAGACAUGUAGGCUCAAUAUAAAUGACUCAAAGCAAGUCACUAAUAAUAUGUUCUGUGCAAGUAAAGAUGGAAAGGACUCGUGUUUUGGAGAUUCUGGAGGACCGUUUAUGUGCCGUGAUCCAAAAACGAAUAAAUGGACUCAGUAUGGGAUUGUUAGUUGGGGGCCAUCAGAUACGUGUGGCGUGAUGUCUGGCGUUUACACCAAAGUUCCUCACUAUAUUGAUUGGAUAAAUGAUAUUAUAUCUACUGAUGGGGGAUGGGGCGAAUGGACUCCAUUCACUGACUGUACAAAUGGUGCCAAAAGUAGGGCCAGAAUAUGUACAAAUCCAGAGCCAAUAGGAAAUGGUAAAUGCAAAGGGAUUGGCAAAGUACAUAAAGAUAAGAAGACUGGAUUGUAUGUUGACAUUGACGCGGUAGAGUGUUAG